UGAAGAAAUAAUGAUGUUCUUCAAUGGAUUUCUUGUCGCUGCUUGGGCAAUCCAACUGGUUUCAGCCCAAUUCUAUAUACUAGAACCUGGCUACACGGCGAAUACAACAACCGCGACCCUCAGCACGGCAUGCAUCAGCGCAAUGGAAUCACUUGUUGAGUGCAAUGAAUGGUUUCAAAGCAAUGCCAUGGUUGACGUACAAGGGACUUUCAACAGUACUGUUCUAGCCACUCUAUGUACAGCAGCCUGCAAAACCUCGUUGACUUCAUACCACACAAAUGUAGUCACGUCUUGUGCGGGCCAGCCACAACCAUUCCCAGGACUUCCAGCGACCUACUACGGGGAUAUCACGUCUGCUUCAUUUAAUCUAACUUGCUUAACAGACACAGUAACUGGAGAGUACUGCAGUGACUUUUUCAAUAAUAUAACAGCUGAAUUAAGUGGCGAUGUACCGAUGACAAGUCUUUCCGAGGCUCAACUAUGUUCUCCGUGUAUCCUUUCUCUUGGACAGACCAUCCAAGGCACAAGUUUUAGCAACUAUAACUUGGGAAUUGCCUCACAAUGGUCCUCAAUACAGUCUACCUGCGGUGUGGGAUACCCUAUUGCGGUCCAGCCGCUUACGACCAACUUAACUUCAGUAUCUGGCUUUGCUUCUUCCACAAAUUCUACCUCAAACUCCACUGCACCAGCUUUUUGCCUAUCCGGGAACAAAUACACCGUUGUUUCCGGUGAUGGCUGCCUUGGAAUUUCGGCAGCUAAAAAUGUUCCUACGGGCACUUUGAGGGUUCUCAACGAUAUUUUUCCUGAUUGUUCAAAUCUUGACAUUGGUCAAAGUCUUUGUCUACCACAAUCUUGUAGCAUCUACAAUAUCCAGGCAAACGAUACAUGUGUUGGCGUCUCAGCAAAAAACAAUCUCACAUACACGCAGCUACGUUCCUGGAACCCGACUAUCAAUCCAAGUUGUACGAAUUUGAUCACGGGCGAAUACCUUUGCAUCAGCCAGCCUGGAGUUGUUUGGAACGGAACAACGAUUGCUGGUGCGACGGGAACACAGACGGCGUUGUAUGCCACAGCCACUGUAACGCCGCCAGGAAAUGUAGCAUUUGAUACAACGAUUUAUUGUGGAAAGUAUUAUGAAGUCCAAUCAGGCGAUUAUUGUCAGCUUAUAGCGCUGAAUAACACAAUCUCGAUCGACCUUUUCGAAGCCAUCAAUCCUUCUAUCAACGCUGGCUGCACUAAUCUCGUCGUGGGAUUGUACUAUUGUGUUGAUCCGACUGCACAAUGGAACACGACCAACUCGACCAGCACUUUAACGACAUAUGUGACCCCUCCUGCGCCUACCCCAAGUGGAACAACCCCUGAUUGUUAUGAGUACUACACCGUGGUUGCUAAUGACACCUGUGCUCUUAUUGAAAGCGCCUUUGACAUCUCAUUCGCUCAAUUCCAGGCCUGGAAUCCAAGUAUCGAUGCCGCAUGCUUGCUGCUGCAGUUGGGAGAUGCUUAUUGUGUUGAUGGCAACAAUGUCGCUGUCAGCUCCUCGACCUUUACUGUAACUUCGGUAUCGUCGACCACUUCAAUAUCGCCCUCCUCUUCUAGUACCGUACAGUCAACCUCAACAUCAGCGACUAGUGUAACAGCACCAGGUCCCACGCAGACUGGGAUUGUGGCGAACUGUAAUGCUUGGACACUUUGUGAGAGUGGUUGUUCAUGUUCUGCUAUCGAAUCGGAAUAUGGUCUUACGUUUGCGCAGUUCUAUGCUUGGAAUCCGGCGAUCGGAUCAGGGUGUACUGAUCUUGAGCUUGGUGAAGCGUAUUGUGUUGGUGUUUAGAAAGUCUAUGACUAGAUGACAUAGAUUCUUUCCGCUCGG